CACAGUUUGCUCCAGUGCAGGCAGGGAAGCGCAGUAUGAUGGUUGUCUCGUGGCAGUUUCUCGUUCUUUCGUUGGGCAUUUGGUUCCUUGUGGUCGCCAGAGUGGGUGCAGGAAAAGAUUUGCCCGACAGUUUUGAGAAAUGCCACCGAAGCGAUCCUCAGUUCGAUAGUUGCCUGCGAAGUGCGGUCAAUGGUGCGAUUCAACUGCUGAAAGAUGGUUUGCCAGAGUUUGGUAUUAUGCCACUGGAACCGCUGGCCGUGGAUACGAUCACAAUCAACCAAGGUGGUCCAUCGGCACCGAUCACGCUAAGGCAGCACUUCACCGGCAUUAAGCUGAGCUAUCUAACCAACUCAACCAUUCUGAAGUAUCGAACUGAUUUGAAGAAGCUUAUCAUCAAAGCGGAAGCUAUCACACCGAAAAUACAGUUCGCCGGCAACUACACGAUGGACGGGCGGAUACUGCUGCUACCGAUAACGGGCAAAGGAAAGGCCAACAUAACGCUGCACCGACUAAAGUCUCACCACGAGCUGAUCGGAGAGCUAGUCGAACGGGACGGAGGUGAAAAGUUUAUGUACAUUCGGAAGUACUUGGUACACUUCGAUCCAAAGCUGGUGACGUUCGAUUUCGAGAAUCUGUUUAACGGUGACGCAGCUCUAGGAAAAACGAUGAACCAGGUACUGAACGAUAACUGGGAGGUGGUUUUUCAGGAACUUCGCAGUGCGUACGAGGACACGUUCGGGUACAUCUUCCGGAAGAUCUCGAACCAAAUUUUUCUCAAGGUGCCGAUGAAUAAAAUCUUCCCAGAGUAGUAGAUUGGAAUUGGUAGUGA